AUGGAUGCGGAGUGGGAGAAGCUUCGGAAGAAAACAUGUUGGCUCGAAGAAAAGGUUCGUGAGUAUGAUGACGUUGCCGGCUACCGAGACCCCGUCUCCCCGCUUCGAUUAGCUCUGUAUGGCCAUCCCGACGCCGGCGGCAUUUGGGAGAAGCGUUGCGAGACCCAGCUUAAGUCUGUAGGAUGGAUUCCAAUCUUGCCUGAAAUAUGGCAAAGCGUUUUCUACCAUCCUGAGCUUGAGCUGAUGCUAGUUGUGUAUGUCGACGACUUUAAAAUGGCAGGUCCCACCAAAAACAUGGCCCAAGGUUGGAAGGACAUCAACAGCGUCAUUGAUAUGGAUCCUCCCGAAGCCCUUGGACGUUACUUUGGUUGUAACCACGUAGAACAGCAACAAGUCUCCUGUACCAAAUCCGAACACCCUUUUGCCCGCGUCUUUGAGGGAAAACCCGCAGCAAUUGCGAGGGGAAACCCAUCGCCGGUCAGGAGGGAGGACUUCUGGGAAGUAGACUUAGAGGCUGGUGCAGUGGUUAGACAUCAUGUGUAUCCGAGAAAGAAGCUAUACGUUCCAACGGAAGAUGAUGUAUUGGCUUUUCCCAUGAUGGGGACCAGUCGUGUCACCGAGUUCGAUUCGAAAGAAGAGUUACAUGUUGAUGACUUCAACCAGGGGGGUGAAGCUAAGUUUGAUUGGUGGACAGGCAGAACCUAUUUCCCACUUGAUCACGAAACCCCAGUGGAAGACUUUACUUAUGCUCUUGCUUCCUACAAGAAGAAGAAUCCACGCAGCAAGACAGAAGCUAAGAACAAAGUCAAAGAAAGUAGGUUCAAGCCACCCGAAUCGAUCGUUGACAAACCAACCCCUUGUAUGGUCAACAAAGUCAACGUUGUAACCUAUGACAUGGAGGAUUUUCUUGGCACCUGUGUUGAGAAAUACUGCGAAUUGGCUAAGGUAGAUCGGAAAACCCUGAGGCAUGCUGCUACACCUUUUCAUGAGGCCCGGAUCGCCAAGCCGGUGGACCCGGACAACGAGCCAACCGGUAAGCUUGCGGGUAUUGCGUCACGCAUCCUCAUGAAAGUGCUCUUUGCAGCACGCAUGGCCCGAUGGGACCUUCUCCGUGCUACGCAAGCCCUCGCGUCCAGG